UAAUUUAUUAAUGAAUUAUGGUUGUUUAAUGCAGUGAUAAUAUGAACAUACGGUGUCGUUGUUCUGGCCGUAGAUUCCUCUCUGGAAUCCAUUUGCUCUCAGAAGUGAAGAAGGAUGUAAUACGAGAACUUGGUUUUGGUGGGCUAUUGCAAUUAGGUUGUAAGGAGGUUAAUUUAGAUUUAUGUUUUUGGUUGAUAAAAAACACAAACAUUGCUUAUUCCCAACUCGAGUUAUUUGGGGGUAAGAAGGUUUCUUUGACAUGUCAUGAUGUUGGGAUGACGAUGGGCAUUCCACAUAGUGGAAGAAAGUUAAUUGUUGAGAAGGGAAGUGUUAAAGCUAGUCAAAUGCCGAGUUUGCAAGAUAUAGAGUCAAUGAUGGUUGGCAUCGAUGAUAUGGAGGAAUUUAAGCGGGUCUUCUUGAUUUUCGCUUGUGCAACCUUAUUGGCACCCACUUCUCGUUUGGAAGGUAGUCACUCGUUAUGGUAUACACCCCGAGAGCAGUUACUUGGGAACAUAAAUUGGGGAGAAUAUGUCUUAGAAUUUUUUAUUCAAGCUAUACAUGAACAUAGGAGGAAGGAAAGUGUUUGGAUUAAAGGGUGUUUGAUGUUUCUACAGAUAUUCUACUUUUCAAUAUCUAAUUUUCCAGCCAUGUAUGUGGAACUUACCACUCCUCGCAUUGCUGCAUGGAAUGAUUUUUUGGUCAAGCAACGCAUCAAGUUGGAGUUAGAAAUGCUUGGAGGAUUUGGCAAAGUUGAGUUGGUUAGCACAUCGGCGGAGCAAGAUGAAACAAAAAAAAAUAAGGCUCCUACAGUUGAUGACCCAGUUGACCCAGAUGAGAAUGAAGACUUUGAUGUUAUUUGUGCUCGCAUGGAGGCAACACAACGUCAAAUCACCGAUGCACAAAGUCAUCUUAAUAGUCUUAUUGCAUCAUACAACCGUGACGUGAAAGUGUUGAGGACUCGUUUCACCUCUUCACAUUAUCGCACAGAUGAAGGCCAACCGUUAAAUUUUCAUGAACAUGUUAAUGAAAGUGGUGCACCAUUUUAUACAAAUAAUCCACAACAUUCACCUGUUCAUUCUGGUGGUCAAAGAAGAUCUUUUGAAGAUGAUGUUGGAUGUACAAAUGAAGGGGUGUCAAAAAGACCCAACGUAGAAGAUGGUGUGUUCUUUUCAAACGAGGAUCCCCUUCACCCUGGGCCACACAAUAUGUUGGUGUUAGUGCAAUCGUGCAUGAACAACAAUGUGGAUGUAGCACCACAAGCCUCAGAAGAAAUACGACCACAAAGAGUAAAAAUGAAAGUACGUCGUCAUAGGCAACGAGCAGCUGCGUGUAAGUCACCUUUUGUACAAUUAUGUGUAUCAAAAUAUAAAAGGUUGACGGAGGAAGAGACACAUGUUGCCGACUAUGUAUUUGACGAGUCAAAAGAUCCAAGUGAGAUGCUUUGUGCAUAUGGUGGCUAUGGCGUGACACGGGAACAAUUUCAAUGCUUAGUAGGGGAGAGCUUCAUUGAUAUUCCGGUGAUUUCCAUGUUUUGCCGAUACAUGAAUGCAAAAGAAGAGAAUCCUUAUCGCAGACACUUUUUUAAUCCAUACUUUGGGGAAAUAUGUGGUUCAAUGAGCAAGUCUACCUCAAAAUCAACACUCAAGAAAAGAUUAGGUAGCUAUUGUGUUAAUCUUGAAUGUUGCAACCAGUUUUAUAUCCCCUUAUUCCAAUUUAAUGAAUGGGUCAUCAUGGUAAUCAAUUUGGAGGCUAAAAGGGUGGAUCUACUUUCAUCAUAUAAUAGCAUUCAACGUGUUCACUUUGUUAAUGAAGCUUUCAAAGUAGUUGGAUUUAUGUCGCAGUUAUUAAGAAAUUCCUUCAAACGGAAUGAUGUGAAUAUAAAUAAUUUACAUCCACAGUAUGCAGAUAUCGAUGGCGAUCCAAAAUUAUGUCAUACUGGGAUGUAUGCUAUUCUCUAUAUGCAACAUUGGGAUGGAAGUGGUCUUAAUAGAACCAUUAAUUCUGAACGCAUGAGCCUUGAAAGAUUGAAAUUUGCAACUCAUAUGGUUCUUGAUAGCGAAAACGAAAUUGGUGAAAUGGUUACAGCUAAUAUUUGGUCAACCAACGAUGCAGAAUAGUAUUGGAAGGGAUAAGUUAUCAAGACUGCUUCCAAUGCAUGCAUGGUUCAUUUGACUACCAGGUUAGGUGCUAUCUCCUCCCUAUAUAUAUAAAACUAUAGUAAAUGACAUUUUUAUUUUAUAAGGUUAUAUUAUUGACAAUUUCUUAAUGCUUCCAUAAAUCGUUUGUGCUAUUCCAUAUAACCUGUUUAAAUCAGUUGAUAAUAUUGUAAUGACAUGGUCUGGUUGCUUAAACUUAUCCCCAAUUUUCUAUGUUUAUGUAUAAUCAUGAGCUAAUUAUUAGAUAAUUCAACAACCCUGUAAACCAAUUUGGUCAAAUGGCUGUAUUUUCUGUUUAGCUGAAAGAAUCCUUGUUACCAUCUUAUUGUGGGUUUAGCUGUCUCACAUC